AUGACCUUUUUCGCUCAGUGCCAGCACCGGCCACCUACCCCUGCGCUGGGAUUGGCCGGUGGGGGAAGUCGGGUUGCGGGAGAGGGGCAGCCGCCUUUCCCCCUGGCCGACGGGGGUACUUUUCGGGGCCUGAGGGGGCAGGGACUUUGGACGUGCGCCGUUUAUGGGAGAGUUUUGUCCUGCCCCGCGGCCUGGGAAGGCCAGCCAAAUAGCUGUGCCUUCGGGAGGCCAUACCCCGCAGGUUUUUCCCGAAAAGUGACCAAACUUCGGGCCAGGACCUCUGGGAAUGGAGGGCGGGGGAAGCCGCCUGGUGCCUUCCCACCUGGAAGCAGCCGCCUCACCUGCGGCCCUGGGAUGGUGCCGCACCGCCAGGACCUCAUCGGGGCAUCGGUGUCAUCUCUGCUGUUUCGGGAGAGGCCCUCGGUGGACAGCCGUGUGGAGGGGGCAGUCCAUGUGCCAAGCCCACCCAUCACCUCCACUGUGGCAGCCAUGAGCCCUCUGGACAGAGCAUGGCCCGUGGUAACACAGUGUCUGAAUGACCACCACUUCCCGCUCACGGGACCCGAUCGGCAGGAUGUCAUCGAGGUGAUGGACCAACAUGACGCCCUGUGGAGAGAAAGCUGGUCAGGAGCCCCGGAGCUCACCCAGUUGACCACAUCCGCCCACGAGCGCAGCCCCGGGUUCAUGUCAGGAGGUUUAAUCACGGACUCGAGCUCCGACAGAGCCUCAGCGUGGGUGCAGAGAGGGGCCCAGCCCCCUCCCCCUGCACACUCUGCUCUAAAUUACUCAUCUGUGCCGCUGAAGCAUCGAAAAUCAAGUGGCUUUUUGGAAAAUGUUGAUGUCACAGAACAUUUUGAAAGCUACUUCGGGCCCCACUUUGCCGUCAUCAGCCACGUGUCCACAGACAGGAGCACCCCUGAGGCCGUGCACCGCUGGGCCUUCUUCGCUGGAAUCAUCCUGGCUGCACUCCUGACCCUGGGGGCUGUGCUGAGCACCACGGCCACUGUGAGAGGGGCCAGGGGCCUCAUGGCUGCGGCCUUCCUGAGCUUCGCCCUGGUGUUCUGCGCCCUGGCGCAGGCGGCCUUCUGGAGGCUCCACAACCCCACCCAGGUGGAGGACGCCGUGCUGGAUGCCUACGACCGGGCCUACGACCAGGCGGUGAGGAGUGCGUCCGGAACUGGGCGGCAGGAGCUGGUGGCCAUCCAGGACACAUUCUGGUGCUGUGGCAAGAGCUCGCCCCUCGGGCUCCUGGGGGGCUCGGAGGCUGACCUGUGUCAGGGGGAGGAGGCCACCAGACAGGACUGCCUGCGGGGGAUCCAGAGCUUCCUGAGGGUGCACGGGAACAUCGUCUCCACCCUGAUCGGCCUGGGCCUCGCCUUCACGGUGUACGCAAUGCUGCUUACUUCCUUCAUCUGGUUCACCAUCCACUCGCGCAGAUACUCCGUGAGCCAACGGGCCCACAGCUGCCCUCCCCAGGAGCACAGAGUCUACAGACACAUCCAGGAGGGAUCCCGGUCUCCUCGCCGCCCGUCCAAAGCGGACGCUCCCAAGGGCCGUCUGAGUCCAAGCAGACGCUCUGGUCAGCUUCUGCUGCCCCGGGACACCCACCCGCCUGCCCAUGGGAGCGGAGACGCUACAGUCUGCACUCGCAUGUAA